UUUCCGCUUGGAAAAGUUCAUUCUGGGCUUAGAGGGGUGCUGCGCGCCGUUUAAUUGCUAAAAAGACCAGAGCAAUAAUUAGCAGUGAGAUUAGGAGGUAUUACUGAGAUACUGAGUAUGCACACCGGCUUAUAACCACAAAACAGAAAACAAGAAGCUUAUCGGCGAAGAAGAACUGGGUGGGAGUUGGAGCUGUUCUGCGUUGGCUUUUUACCCCCAGUGUGGAGUUGAAGCCGUCCCUGUGCCUCGCAUAUACUCUGCAUAUCACAAGAUUUGGUCUCUCCUCUCUCUUUUCUGGAGCUGCUGUAGGACUGGCUAUGGCCACCACUACUUCCGGGAUCCGUCAUUUCAUUCGCCCACCGCUCAGCGCUGCGAACUGACUCUGUUUCUAUAAGCAAGCUAGCAGCCAACCUGCCAACACUCGCUGACACUCACUCAUCUCAGUCUCGCCAGAUAGACGAAAUACCUACGGGGGAAAGAAAGGAGAGAUCUGAAUCGCAAUCUCUUAAUUUCGACUGCUUUUUCCUUUUUUUCCUCUUUUUUUUUUACAGUGAUAAUAAAACAAGAUAGCGAUCUGGAGGCAUUAAAGGAGACGCGGACUUGCGGGAUGAAAACGGACUAAAAAGAUUCGUCCUUCUCUUGAACAUCAUCACCAACCGUCAUUCAUUCAUUACCUUGACAACCUCUGGCUUUGAUUGACAGCUGGAGUGGCAAAAAGCCAUGAGACACGACAGUUUAGUUACAUGCAGGUUGUUGAUGGGCCGAUUGUAACCUUCACUUUGGCGCAUUUUUUAUUUUUUUUUUCCAGGAAAGAGGGUAAACAAGAAAAAUUGCAAAACUCCCUGAUGCUACGCUUUCAACUGAACCACACUGGCGAAUAGGAGAGUUCGCAAAGUUGGUUGAAAAAGGAAUCUUGCCACUAAAUCACUUUCUAACCGGGACUGGGAUAUUAAAUAUACGACAGAUUCAGGAGUUUAUUGGAGCGCAGCCUGAUGGCGCAAAGGUACGAUGAGCUGGCCCAUUAUGGUGGGAUGGACGGAGUCCCGGCGUCGAUGUACGGGGACCCGCAUGCUCCCCGGCCGCUUCCCCAGGUCCACCACCUGAACCACGGACCGCCGCUGCACGCCAGCCAGCACUACGGAGCCCACGCUCCUCAUCCGAACGUUAUGCCCACCAGCAUGGGCUCCGCUGUCAACGACGCUUUAAAGAGGGAUAAAGAUCAAAUUUAUGGUCACCCUUUAUUUCCACUCCUCGCACUGGUUUUUGAGAAGUGCGAGUUGGCGACGUGUACUCCGAGGGAGCCCGGCGUAGCAGGCGGCGAUGUCUGCUCUUCAGACUCCUUCAAUGAGGACAUUGCAGUCUUUGCCAAACAGGUCCGAGCAGAAAAACCUUUAUUUUCAUCAAAUCCAGAGUUGGACAAUUUGAUGAUACAAGCCAUACAAGUAUUACGGUUUCACCUCUUGGAAUUAGAAAAGGUGCACGAGCUCUGCGACAAUUUUUGCCACCGGUACAUCAGUUGUUUGAAAGGAAAAAUGCCAAUAGAUCUAGUUAUUGACGAACGGGAUGGCAGCUCAAAAUCAGAUCACGAAGAACUUUCGGGAUCGUCGACCAAUCUUGCAGAUCACAACCCAGCUUCCUGGAGAGACCACGAUGACGCCACCUCCACACACUCAGCCGGCACACCGGGGCCCUCCAGCGGGGGACAUGCUUCACAAAGCGGUGACAACAGCAGUGAGCAAGGAGAUGGCUUAGACAACAGCGUUGCAUCGCCUGGCACAGGGGAUGACGAUGAUCCAGACAAGGAUAAGAAGAGGCAGAAAAAGCGUGGCAUUUUCCCUAAGGUGGCCACAAACAUCAUGAGGGCGUGGCUGUUCCAGCAUCUCACGCACCCAUACCCUUCUGAAGAGCAGAAGAAGCAGCUAGCCCAAGACACGGGCCUCACCAUCUUGCAAGUAAACAACUGGUUUAUCAAUGCCAGGAGAAGAAUAGUACAACCCAUGAUCGACCAGUCAAAUCGAGCAGGUUUUCUUCUUGAUCCUUCAGUGAGCCAAGGAGCAGCGUACAGUCCGGAGGGCCAGCCAAUGGGUAGCUUCGUGCUGGACGGUCAGCAACACAUGGGGAUCCGACCAGCUGGGCCUAUGAGUGGAAUGGGGAUGAAUAUGGGCAUGGAUGGGCAAUGGCACUACAUGUAAACUCCAUCUUGUAACUCAAAAAGCAAAGAAAAGGGGGAAGUCUGUCAGGCAUGCCAGGGGAGUACGUACCUCAGAGUGGUCCUAUGGGCAUGAGCAUGACCCCACCCACUUACACCAACCCUCAUCAGCUGACCUCUCACCCUUCCCAGCUCCGACACGGGCCCCCUUUCCAUGCAUACCUACCCGAUCAUCCCCACGUCCACCACACUCAUCACGCCAUGCUGAUGCACGGAGGACCCUCGUCGCACCCAGGAAUGACCAUGUCUGCACAGAGACCCCCUUUGCUUUCUCCCGUUGACCCCAGUACUGGAGGACAAGGCCUGGACAUCCAUGCCCAAUAGCAUAAGGGAACUUUGCUACGACAUCACAACAACAGCAGCUACUACAAGAAACCAAUAAGAAUAAAAAACAAACAGCAACCAACAAUAAAUCCUAUUUUGAGACUAUUUUUAAGAAUAAGAAGCAAACCCUUUUGACCAGAAUUUGACACGAACGAAACAGAAUUCCAGAUGAGCUGUGAUAAUUCUUUUUUUUUUCUAACUUGUCAAUUUUGUUACUUUCAUCCAAACGGAGGACCAAGCUGACAAGAACACUUUGUAAAGUCUUGGGCUUUUGGUAAAGAUCAACAGAGGAUGUUUUGACAUACGCGUGCAAAGAACGGACAGACGCACCCGCUCGAAAAAAACAAAAACAAAACACACACACACUUUUCUCACACUCACACUCACGCACCGUCAUAAACACGUUCAGUACACAUUCAUGUGAUGCGCUCAAACGCUUCUAUAAGAUCACUCUGGAAGAUUUAAAAAAGAGAAGAAAAAAAAGAAACAACAGAAAGACUCCAAGAGUUAUAACUACUGUAGUAUAAAAGUAUAGAUAAAUAAGUUAAAACUUGUGCAUUUUUUUUUUUUGUUGAUCACAUGGUUUCUGUUUCCUGAGCUAGUUUUAGAAUUAAAGGUUAACCUUUUCUCUCUCACACUGUGUGUGCUCCUUCCUGGAGGAGAAACUGUCUCGCAGCACAGCACUAUUAAAGAAAAAAAUAAGAAGAUGGAACAUCUCAAAAAGGCUUCAAACCACAGAGGGCAAUCAGGUCCUGUCCCCCAUAAGAACAGGGCAUGAUGGGAAAAGGCUGCUAAAUGACACCGGAUCUCUCCAGAAGAUUCAGUUUGAACAUUUGUCAUGCCCCUCUCUCUCUUUUUUUGUUUUUGGUUCAUGAAUGAAUGUUGCCCUGUAGGUUUUAAAGAAAAAAAAGUUCUUUGUUUGAAUUGCCCAAGCACUGGAUUGUGUUGGUUUUAUACAUUUUUAUUUUAAUAUUAUUUUAUUUUUUUUUGUACCCUGGACUCUCAUUGAUGAAGAGCAUUUUGAAGGAAGCUUAAUAGUGGAAAAGCAACAUCCUGCAGCGCUUCUUUAUCUGUGGAUCAACAUUCUUGCCAUAAGGACAAUGCUGACACAAAUGUUGAUUCUGUGGCACUGGAGAAGCAUUUGAUGGUUGAUGCACCAAAAAACCUGAAACACACACACACACACACACACACAUACACACACAAAAAAAAAGAAAAGAAAAGAAAAAAAACUUAAAUUAUGAACUCAAUGCUUUUGGGAGAAAAAAGCUGAGAGAAUAUUGUAACAAACUUCGUACAGAGUUCAGUCUAUUAAUUGUUUCAUGUUAGAUAUUCUAUGUGUUUACCUCAAUUGAAAAAGAAUGUUUUUGCUAGUUUCAGAUCUGCUGUGGCAUUGAUAUUGUAUGUCCAUGAAUUCCUUCCUUUUUCAGCACGUGUUCCUCACUAGAUGAUAAGAUGCCGUCUCCCUUAAGCUUUGUCAAAAAUACAUUAAAUACUUGUAUGAGGACUGUGACGUAAUGUUUAAAAGGUGUUCAGUCACAAAUGCUGUAAUAAAUAUUUCAUUUUUGA